GGUGUCCACCUCGUCAUGCCCUCGCUCGGGGACCUGGUGCGCGACUGGCACCGGGGCGCGCAGGCUGUGGCGCGUGGGGACUGGGACUGCGCCCUGCGCCUCUUCUCGAGCGUCCCGGAGCCGCCCGCCAGGAUGAGCUUCAACGUGGGCUGCGUGCACCUGCUAGCCGGGGACCCGGAGGCUGCGCUGCGGGCAUUUGACCAGGCAGUGACCAAGGAUGCCUGCAUGGCUGUUGGCUUCUUCCAGCGAGGAGUGGCCAACUUCCAGCUGGAGAGACGGGACAGCGCGAUUAUACCCAUUCUGCCAACGUGGAAACCGAGGGCAGGGCUGGAGGAGUGGUUCCGGGAGGCCCUGUCCGACUUCCAGCGGACCCUGGCACAGCUGAGGGACAACGCCGCCAUCGACUACACCCAGCUGGGCCUGCGGUUCAAGCUGCAGUCCUGGGAGGUGCUCUUCAGCGUGGCUGCAGUACAGAGCCAGCUGGGGCUCUGGGCGGAGGCCACCCGCAGCCUAGAGGAAGCCAUCGCCAAGGGGCCGAAAGGGGCCCGCGAUGACCUGGACAUCGCCCUGGGCCAAGUGCAGAAACAGGUCCCCCUGCAGCCUCGGCAGGUCCCCAGGGGUGAGGUCUUCCGGCCGCACAGGCGGCACCUGGCGCACCUGGAGCCCGUGGAUUUCCUGGGCAAGGCCAAGGUGGUGGCCUCCGCCGUCCCUGACGGCCCGCACGGGGACGCCCGGCCUCAGCAGCCACAGGCUCUCUACGCGCGUGGUGAAGCCAGGCCUGGGGCUGCCGAACGGGCCCGUGACACAGGCCCCUCCGGACCUGGUACCCGCUGUGGCCCCAGGACGCCCCUUGAUGCGGAGAUGGGGGUCAGCUCUGGCCAGGCUGGGCGGGCUGACCGUGGCACACUGGUCACCAAUGAUGAGCAGAGGCCCCACGUGGAGCAAGUUGGCCAGCAGGUCCCUCCAGGGCUGCUGGUGGCUGGGGGGCCGGGCCCUGGCUCCUCUGAGGAUCCUGCAGGUGCUGGGGGCGUGGCUGCGGGAGGCCCCGAGUCCUUGGUGACCUUCACAGCGCAGUGCACCUUCACCCUGGCCCUGAGGGCCCCAAGAGGAGCCGACCUGUCCAGCCUGCGGGCCCUGCUGAGCCAGGCCCAGAGUGGGCAGCUCAGGCAUCUCUUUGCAGUUACCGAGACCCUAGUGACAGCGGGGGCUGGGUGCCCCUCACCGGGGAGGAGGCACUGCAGAGGGCCUGGCAGAGGGCUGCCGGCCCUGGGGAGCUGCGGCUACAGUGCCAGGGAGUGGGCGGCCGGCCUGUCCUCUACCAGGUGGUGGCCCGGCACGGCUACUCCGCCCAGGGGCCCGAGGACCUGGCCCUGCAGCCGGGAGACACCGUGGACGUCCUGUGCGAAGUGGACCAGGCGUGGCUGGAGGGCCACUGUGACGGCCGCAUCGGUAUUUUCCCCAAGUGCUUCGUGGUCCCGGCCAUCCGGCGCACAUGAGGAGCUUGGCGCUAAGAAGUCCGUGGCAAGGAGGGUUUAAUAAAGGCGAUCUG